AUGACCAUCAGCUUAGAUGUAAAAGCCCCGAUGCUGCACGAGUUUCACUCCUAUCUCUAUCAACCUGAGUGGAAAUACAUGGAGAGCAAGGAGAAGGACCGGCAGGUGCUCGAGGACUUCCCAACGAUCUCCAUGGAGUUCAGGAACCUGUCAAAAGUCUACCAGGACGUGAUUUCGGAUAUCUGCCACAAGAUGGGCGUUGGGAUGGCGGAGUUCUUGGAGAAGAAGGUGGACUCUCAGCACGAGUGGGAUAAGUACUGUCACUAUGUUGCUGGGCUGGUGGGGAUCGGCCUUUCCCGUCUCUUCUCUGCAUCAGAGCUAGAAGAUCCUAUUGUCGGGCAAGACACAGAGCUGGCGAACUCCAUGGGCCUCUUCCUGCAGAAAACCAACAUCAUCCGUGACUAUCUGGAGGACCAGCUGGAAGGAAGGGAGUUCUGGCCCAAAGAGGUUUGGAGCAGAUACGCAAAGAAGCUCUCGGAUCUUGCCAAACCAGAGAAUAUCGAUAUGGCUGUCCAGUGUCUGAAUGAGCUCAUCACCAACGCCCUUCACCAUGUUCCUGAUGUCCUCACAUACUUAUCCCGCCUCAAAAACCAAAGCGUCUUCAACUUCUGCGCUAUCCCCCAGGUGAUGGCUAUCGCCACGUUGGCUGCCUGCUAUAACAACAAGCAGGUUUUCAGGGGUGUCGUGAAGAUCCGGAAGGGCCAAGCUGUCACUUUAAUGAUGGAUGCCACAAACAUACAAGCUGUCAAAGCCAUCAUGUACCAGUAUGUGGAAGAGAUCUACCAGAAGAUCCCAAGCACGGACCCAUCAUCCAACAAGACGCAGCAGGUCAUCGCCUCCAUCCGUGCCAUGAGCCUGCCCGGUGGCCCCAUGGCAUCACGCCACCACUACUCCCCCAUCUACCUGUCGUGCGCCAUGCUCCUGGCGGCCCUGAGCUGGCAGUACCUCAGCACCAUCUCCAAGGCCACUGAGGAGUAUGUCCAGGCGGGCGAGAACUGAUGGGCAGCGGGUGGGCGGGGGGAGAGCUGGUCGGCGGAUGGGCAGAGGAGGCAGGAGGCUCCUGGUCCCCUGCCGGUGGGGAUGGCCAGGCAGGGGGGGGCCACGGGGCCUGGGAUGGUGACAAGGAUGGGACACGCCGGUGACCUGCAGCCCCAGGGCAAUAGCGCAGCGUUGCUGGACUCUGCUCCUCACCGCCCUGGCCAUGUGCUUGGAUGGUUGCAAACGCUAAUCGGAGUCUUACUGUUUGGGAUUGAACAUUUUUUUUCCCUUCUUUCCUGUUGGACAGUUUACCUGAAUUAUUUUUUUGUUUUGGUUAGGAUGGUUUAAAAUAGAAACUCCAGUUGCCUCUUUCCUUGUUUGAGACUGAGACACCUUUCCAGCUUGGAGAUGAGCAAAACCUUCUGGGUUUUGCCUCCCUUUCUUAGGCAGUGUCUUUCCCAUCGCCUCUGGUGCCUGCUCUGCACUGGAAGGAGACACUGCUUCAGCUGGGAGAGGAAUACGCUUCCUUAUAUCCAGGAAAAAAGCUCUCGCCACCUUCUGGCCCUCAGCCCAGGCUGGCUGAUAUCCUGCAGCCUGGAAACAGGCAGAGGCAAUCUUUACAUUUCUGUUGUUGUGCCGAAGGAGGUUGUUAGGCUGGAAAUGAGCCCUUUUAAUGUUAAGUACAUAGGAGGUGGGAUGCUCUGUCCA